AUGAGGAAAAACCACAACUUCACGUCUCAACAAGUCGAGGAGCUAAAGGAGAAGGUGGAAGGACUGUAUUUGGAUGAUGAUGCUACUACAGAGGAAAUAUCUAAAGCUCUGAAGGAACUAUCUGCUGCUCUUAAGGCAGAAGAGAUGUUUUGGAGACAGAAAAGUAGGGUUCUUUGGUUAAGGGAGGGCGAUCGGAAUUCAAAAUAUUUUCAUGCGUUGGAGAAGCAAAGAAGAGCAAGGAAUAGGAUAACGCAACUCCUGGAUGAGAAUGGAAAUAUAGUGGAGGAUGAGGAGGGGCUAGUAGCCAUUGCUACUAGUUAUUUUAGGCAAAUAUUUGAAUCCUAUGACCCAGAGGAUAUAGCUGAGGCACUAUCAGAGGUUCCAACAACGAUCACAGGAUCAAUAAAUGCAGACCUUACAGUCCCUGUAACUGAAUGGGAGGUUCUCCCACAGAGAAUAUCAGAGACCCAGUCAGCCUUUGUUGCGGGUAGACAGAUCACGGAUAAUAUCAUGAUAGCUCAGGAGAUGUUCCAUGCCUUGAGAACUAAGCCAGGAGGAAGGGUUAAACGGAUGGCUAUAAAGACUGAUAUGAGUAAAGCAUAUGAUAGGAUGGUCCCAGCGAAUGUUAGACAGCAGAUAAAAGACACUCUUGGUAUACAAAAUGAAGGUGGGAUGGGCUCAUAUCUAGGAAUCCCAGAGGAUAUUAGUGGUUCAAAGUGCAAAUUAUUUGCCUUCCUCAAGGAAAAGCUCCUACAUAGAGUGAAUGGCUGGACGGGUAGAUGGUUAUCUAAGGGUGGGAAGGAGGUUUUGAUUAAAUCGAUAUUACUAGCUCUCCCGACCUAUGUCAUGUCCAACUUCCUGCUUCCUUUGGAGAUAUGUGAGAACUUAGCAAGUGCCAUUGCACAAUUCUGGUGGAGCUCGAAUCCUCCGAAAAGAGGAGUUCACUGGGCAAAAUGGGAAAAGAUGUGUGCGCCUAGAGAAGAGGGAGGAAUUGGUUUCCAUUCAUUAGUAGCGAGAGUUCUCCGUGGAAGAUAUUACCGUCUCAGUUCGCCGUUGCGAAUGGGCACUGUAGAUACUCCAUCUUAUGUAUGGACAAGUAUAUCUUCCGCGAGGAAGUUAUUGCUUCUAGGAAUUAGAAGUAAGGUGCACUCAGGGUACGAAAUUAAUGUGUGGGAAGAUCCUUGGAUCCCUACGAUGCCAGCUAAGCCGGCGAGUGCCCGAGCUCCAGCAGUGAAUCCUAAGAUGCUUGUAAGCAGCCUUAUUAAUUCUGUCACCAAAGAGUGGGACACUCGAUUACUGGAGCAAUAUGUAGCUCAAGAAGACAUCCCGAUGAUUCAGAGUUUGGCCAUUAGUCCUACUCAUCGACGUGAUACAUUUUGCUGGAGUUACACAAAGACUGGACAAUAUACUGUCAAAUCGGGAUAUUGGGUUGCGACAAACUUGAUGAAAGAUGAAGAGGAGUUAGAAGUUCUACAGUCGAGCAUCAUAAAACUUCAAGCCUUCGCUUGGAAGAUAGCCGUAACAAGAAAUCUGGUACGACGCAACAUGAGAUGUGACAAUUACUGCCCAAGAUGUGGAGCGCCAGAAGAGACCGUUACUCAUGCUAUCUUUGAGUGUCCACCGGCCUUACAAGCAUGGGAGUUAUCACAAACACCAUCGAGCUUUGGAAUCUUUCCUGUAUCGACUAGGAAUGAUAAGUUGUUUAGAGGCAUAAACAGAGAUCCAUUGGAGCUAGUCAGGUAUGCAGAGUGUGAGUGCCAAGCUUGGUACAAUGCAAGAGACUCGGUGCCGGUUCUGCCAAAUGUACAGACUAUUGAAGAACCACAAGUCUUAAGCUUGGGAUGCAAUGGGGAAGAUACAACUCAUGGGGUCAAGGAACUUACGGAGGAGGGAGACAUUGUUACACUCGGAACUGGAAGCUUUAAAGUGGGCAAUGGAGAGCAUGAUACAACACUCGACUUGUCAAGAGUUUGGGACGGACUGCAAGGAUCUGAUAGCAAUGAUGGAACAGCCACAAGAUUGGCCCAACUUCUCAACUGA